AUGUCGGCAGAAAUCCUUAUGGGCUACAACAUUAAUCGAAAAGAUCGACCUGGCAGAACUGGUGGAGGUGUUUUAAUUGCCGUUAAGUCUGACAUCCGGUCUAGUCAUCGAAAAGACCUCGAGAGAGACAAUAUCGAAUUCGCUGUUGUUGAACUCGUUAAGGAUUCCACUAAAUCAGUUAUUCUUUAUACAGUCUAUUUUCCAGAACCUCGACAAGAUGAACUACACCAACUUACUUUAUCUUUGCAAGGGAACCCUGAAUCAGCUUGUGUUGUCAUAGUUGGCGAUUUUAACCUUCCCACCCUCAACUGGUCGCCUGAUGAAUCUGUUCUUAAUUACACCGGUGUGUCAACGGAAACAAUGAAUUCUGUGUCCUAAUGAAAGAUAACUUUCUCCAACAGUUUAUUAGAGGGCCUACUCACAUAGCAGGAAAUAAACUUGACUUUCUUCUCUCCAACUCUCCUGAAAUUAUUGGCAGCAUCUCUACUUUCACCCCAGUGGAAAGCAAAUUUCCCUCCGAUCAUUACCUGGUGAAUUUUUCCCUACGCCUUAAGUUUACACGAGCACUGAGCGUAAAACGCAAGUCGUACAAUUAUAUGAGAGCAAAUUUCGAAUAUCUUCGUUGCCGCUUGCAGCGCGUUUAUCACCAGAAAUGUUCGAAACUAACGAUGUCGAUAUUUACUGGUCUCAGUGGAAGGACGUAUUCUGGGCGAAGUACAAAUAUGUGCACCUGUUAAGGUAAUUCAGGAUACAAACUCUCCUCCAUGGAUCGACAGAGAAGUCAGGCAUAUUAUGCGUAAAAAAUAUCGGGCUCUGAAAAAGUACUGCGAUAAUAGGACUGAGGAACGCAAACGAAAACUUGGAUCCCUAAGUAAUGACGUCAAAAAGCUUGUCAGAUGUAAUCAUCGUAAUUACCUUUACAAAAUCCAGGGUUCCUUUAGUGAAAAUCCAAAAUUGUUUUGGAGCUAUCAUCAAGCUGUAUUGCAUCAUCGUUCAGGGGUAGAAGUCUGUCAUAACAUAUAAUGGACAAACACCGAAGACCCCAGUAGAAAAAGCGGACCUCUUUAAUAGGUAUUUUUGCUCCGUGUUUACCACAUCUAACACAGUACCUAGUAUGCCUUCCCGUCCUAAAACAUCUGUUACGGAAAUUUCUGAUAUGGAACUAUCAGUGGAGGAAGUAUGGAACUGCCUAUCGAUCUGCCUAUAGUUUAGACACAUCCAAGGCAACUGGUCCUGAUGGUAUUCCCGCACGCAUUCUCAAAGAAUGUGGCAAAGAAAUCGCACCAAGUCUUUGUGCUUUAUUUAAAAACUUUUUGCGUUCUGGGCGUUUUCCCGUGGAAUGGAAAAAUUCAGACGUCACACCUGUGCAUAAGAAAGAUCUAAAAGAACGUGCUGAAAACUACAGACCUAUCUCUUUAUUGCCCAUAGUGAGCAAAGUGAUGGAACGCUGUGUCUGCAAUCGAUUCUAUGCCCACGUAUCACACCUAAUUACUUCACUUCAGCACGGCUUCAUGCGCAAUCGUUCGUGUGUCACACAGCUUCUAUCAGUACUGCACUCCAUUGGAGAAUCGCUUGAUCGAAACAUCCAAACGGAUAUUCUUUACCUGGAAUGCGUCAUUCUUAUUAAGAAACUUAAAUG